UUUAUUUUUAUUUUUCGAAGAAAGUUUUUGAUUUUCAAUUUAAUUUUUUAUUAUUUGACUUAUAAGGAAAUAUUUAAAGGGAUACGCAGAGCCAAGUCCUUCAGGACCUUAAUCCUGUACGUAUUUUCAUUAUUAUGAACGUACUGCUUUAAUAGGAUUUUUUUUUUAAAUUGUUCUUUGUUUUUAUUUUAGAGAAUGUAAUAUAAAGAAAAAUUAAAAUUAAAAUUUUUAAACUCUGUACCAUUUUUGAUUGAUCAAUCUUUAGUCAAAAACUAAGAUAAUAAAUAUAUAUUUUUUGCUAAUAAUUUGAUUUCUUGUUUUGCAUUAAAAUAUUCAUUUUUUUUUCUUUAAAGAAAAUCUGAAAGAAAUUUUCAUCUUCCCUACUUUUAUAAAUGAUUUAUUUUGUUCAAUUUAAGAAAAUUAUUUUUAAAUCAUAAAUCAUUAUUGAAUCAAUUGAAUCUUCUAAAUAUUUAGAAUACAUAGUAGACACUUAAACUGAGAAGGAAGGUACAUAAUGCCUCUAAAAUUGUUAACACCUUAAGAUUGCAAAAAUCAGUUAUUGUGUGUUUAUAAGCAAAAUAAAAGAAAGAAAGCUCUUUUUUAUUUUCUCAGAUGCACAAUCUUAUCUUAACCACAUAAUUGUUAUCAUAAAAUUGUAUUUUUUCGGUGUUAAAUAAUGUCGAUUAUAUAAAAUAAAAACCACUGUUCUGCGACAAUUACUUAAACGAUAAAUCAUAUUGCAAGUCAUGCUUGCACACAAUAAAUUAACGACAAUUUGUAAAACUCAUUGAUAAAAAUACUAUUCGUAAAUUCAGUUAAAUAAUUCGAUAAAAUAAACGAAUUGCCUGUCCCAAUACAUAGUCAGUUAAAACUGCUAUAUAGAGGAGACUGGGGCAAUUUAGUAAUUAAAGAGAUUCGAACUCGAAAGAAAAUCAUAUUAAAGUCUAGUUCUUUGGACAAUUUUUAGCAGCAAAAAUCUAAUAAUAUUUUACUACUAAAACACUUUUUUUUUUAAAAUAUUUUUUGGUGAUUUUGUUUUUUUUUUUUACGUAUAAAAGUCAAUUAAUUAAUUGACUGGUAUCACUGAGACAAGGUUUCAAAAUCUUGAUUUUUAAUUGAUUUUUUUUGGUUUUUAAUUAUUUCAAAACCAAAAUCAUUAACACGUUAAAAAGUAAUAACGUGUAGAAAAUUUUUAGUCAUGUAAAAAAUAAAUUACCCAGCUGGUCUAUGCUUCUAUUCUUAGGGUGUAUUAUACAACUUUCCGAGGUGCUAGAGAGCUGUACGAACAUUUUUUUUAGCCACAGAGCAGCUCGUAGAGUUACAUAAUACAUCCUCUAAUUGAAAUAUCUCUCUAAAUGCGAAAAAAAAGUUAUAAAAUCGUUUUUUUACGCGACGUAUAGUAAAAUAGUUGAUCGUGUCAUUAAUGUUUACCCGGCUGGCCAAUAGUCAUUUUUUAUUCUUUUUCCCUUAUUGGGAUAUUUUUUCUUUGUUCUUGUAGAAAAAACUCAAAAAGGGUUCAUUCUGAUAAAAAUCUUUUCUUUUAUUUUCUAACAAGUUAAAAGAUGUUCUAAGAUUUUGACAGUUUAUGUUUUUAAAUCGUUCUAAUGUCGUUUAAUAAAAGUUAAACAAUUAAUUAUUGUUUUUCAAGAAAACAGAAAGAUCUUUAAAGAUCACUGGAAAAGAAAUUUUAUUUUGAAAAGUUGAUUGAAGAAAGAAAUAAAAUGUUAAAAUCUUUUAAGAUUUUUCCCAGAAUACCUAAAAUCCUAUAACUGACGAAUUGUAAAUAAAAAAAGAAAGGAAAAGAAAAGAUUUUUAUCAGAAUCUACCCGUUAACCCUUUAAGGUCUAUUGGGUCAUACGCUGACCUGUAAAAUAUUUUGAAAUAUAAAGAAUAAAGUUCUAAAUAAAAGAGAAAAAGAUGAAAUUAGAAAGAAAUCUAUUGCAAGACCAGGGUGUGGGAAAGGUAACAAAAGCCAGGAAGUGCUAAAACAACCACGAAUAGAAUAACUAGAAUAAAUUUAAAUUAAAAAAAACAUGUCUCUAUACUAAUUGUAAUUAAAUUUAUUCUGGUGAAUUAGUGGCACAUCCAAGCAAUUGGCGUUGCCAUUAUAAAAUACAUGUCUUGUCUUUUGUGGACUCACAGUCGAAUAAGUGCAUUUGUCGUGAAAAGUUGGUGUCUUGUGCUCUUUUAUUCUUAAAAAAAAAAGAAGAGAAAAAGUGUUUUAUUUGGUGGUGAAUUAGCACAUAGAAGAAGACGAUUAAUAAAAGAGAAAAAAAGAGGAUUCACCUAUUGAAGAGAAGUUACCUUUGAGGAAGAUAGAGAGCAGAUAGAGAAGAAAAAGAAAUGGAUAUUGCGGAUCAAAUGACGUCAAUGCCAACACCAAAAUCCAUCUUUGACUUUCGCGAGAUCGAUGCGAAUGGGAAUGCAGUUCCGUUGGAGGUGUACAAGGGGAAAGUGUGUCUGAUUGUGAACAUAUCGUCAAAUGAUGCUGGCACAUUGGGUAAAUUCAAACAAUUGGAUACACUCAAUCGAAAGUACGAGGAUCACGAUUUUGCCAUUCUCCUGUUCCCGUGCUCGCAAUUUGGCCCAAGGAAUUCCAUGAGUGAAAUCGUGAAUAUGAUCGAAAGAGAGCACCUCCGUGUUGGUGAUUUAUUCCAAGAAAUUGAUGUCAACGGGUCAAAGGUGUCAACACUGUAUAAAUUCCUCAAAGCAGAACGUCCGGGGAAUAUGGGUGGAUUCAUUAAUUGCAAUUUCACUAUAUUUGUAAUUGAUCGCAAUGGGUAUCCUGUGGAACGUCUCAAUCCAAAUGUUCAUCCCUAUGUGUUGGAAGAUACCAUUGAGAAAUAUUUUUGAAAGAAACUUCUGAAAAAAAUCUCUCAAAUUACGCGAGAAAGCAAAAUUAUUAGUUGUUUGGUUUGGCAUGUAGAUUAUAAGAAAGAAAUUUACAUACAAGUACAUAAUGCACAAUGUUAUAGACCCUCAAUGCAAUGGGUGGCAAAUUGAAAGGAGUUUUCGAGAGUUCAUCAACCUCUUCUUCCUAUAUAGCAAAGCAAUGCCAUAACUGCAGAAUCAUUUAAACAAAAAGGAAAUGUAAAAAAAAGAAGCGUUGAGUGGUCUUUAAAUAGCAAAAAAAAAAGAGAAGAAAAAUCAUGAAUAAAUUUCUUUAAAAAAAAGUAAAUGGCAAGAAAAAGAGAAAUGAUUUAAAAGGAAAUAAAAAAAAAUUGCAAAGCUGUUUUUACUUGCCCCACUGUGGAUGUGCAUUGUCCUCCCGGUGUGUGUGCUUUUUUUUUAAUUUUUCUUUUUUGAGUAAUAAAAACAGAAAAAAACGCGACGGAAGUUCAAAA